AUGCCGGUGUGCAAUAAGUACGUGAGAAGAAAAUUGGAGCGGUUUCUAUACAAUUGGUGUAUUUACAUAGCCCUAGCAUGUAGCGUAGUGGGCUUGUUGCAUUUGGUCACCACAACCAAUGGAAGAAUGAGUGCGGAAAACCAUGAACAUCAUUUUAAUGUUUUGAAAGAACCUGUCACAACACAACAACUAGCAAAAUUAGCUGGUGCGAAAAAUCUGUUAGAAGUAACCAGCGACGCCGAGACGAGACCAGUUAUCGGAGAAGUCAAUACAUAUGAGGGAGUUUCGGUGGAGCGGAAAAGAUAUCUUCCUCACGCGAGGAACAUCAGGGAAAUUGCCAGUCUGAGAAUCAACAAAUCGCAGCAUGAGUACUUCUAUACCAAUGUUAUUGUGCACUUUGACUUAAAAGGAGCUCCGCCACGAUUAGAAUACUUUCUUGCGCUUUUGGAGUUCAUCGCAAAAGGAGGAGCAACAGGCGUACUUAUUGAAUGGGAGGAUAUGUUUCCCUGGAGUGGUAAACUAGAAAGCGUACGUAACACGAAUGCGUACUCAAGGAAAGAAGUUCGGCAAAUUCUAGGAAAAGCAAAGAGCCUUAAACUCGAAGUGAUACCCCUCGUACAGACAUUUGGGCACAUGGAAUGGAUCUUAAAAUACGAAAAAUUCAGAAAAUAUCGUGAAAACGAUGAAUAUCCUCAGGUAAUCUGCAUCGGUGACGAUGAGGCUGUAGACCUUGUGAAAACAGCGAUCAGACAAGUUGUUCGCCUCCACAAACCUUUUGGCAUAAAACGCUUCCAUAUUGGAGCUGAUGAAGCAUUUGAGUUCGGGACUUGUAAGGCUUCCAAGGAGAAAGAAAAGAAAUUAGGAUCACGCGAGAAACUGGCGAUCAGGCACCUGGCAAAUAUAUCAGAAUACACCAGGAAUAUUACCGGCGAAGCAACUAUUCUCGCCUGGCAUGAUAUGUUGAGGAGCUUCAUUGAAACUGGUGUAAAAAUAGGAGAGCUCGGAAAACUCAUACAGCCAGUGGUUUGGGAUUAUUCCGAAUACGUACAAGGUGUUCAAGAGUACACGAUAAGGGAACUCGUUCUCAAUUUUGGGAAAAUUUGGGCAUCAUCAGCAUUUAAAGGAGCUGAUUCACCCACCGCAAUGUACAACAGAUACGUACACUACGAAAAAAAUAAUGUUCAGUGGGUUCUUCAACAAAGGUCGUUUCGUCAACAAUCAGAACCAGUUAACUUUGAAGGGAUCAUAAUUACUGGAUGGUCGAGAUACGAUCACAUGGCCGGCUUAUGCGAGAUAUGGCCGGUCUCCGUGCCAUCGAUGCUUCUCAACACGCAGAUCGCACUCAUUGGAGCCAAUCCCGUCUACGCAUUAUUGAGAGGAGAGGAGAUCACUAAUAUGGCUGAACGACGCGCUCUCGAAAUCAUGAACUGUCCUGAAAAUCGAUUCUUCCAAUUGGAUACAUGUGGUUUUCCAGGCAAAAUCAUCUACGAUAUGUUCCAAGUGCAAUUCCAAGAUUCGGUUAAAAGCAUAGAAAAUGAAUUGAAAACCAACUAUAAGAUUCAAGGAUGGUUGUCACCGUACAAUAUUCGUCACAACAUUUCACAAAAUUGGUAUUUAAAAGAAAUCAGUCAAGUUUUGUUGAACUACCAGGACCAUCUAUAUAGAAUCACCGAACGUCUCAAGAAGGAGAUGAAAACACUGUUCUACGAUAAUACGGUGGACGAGUUUUUCUUCUCGAAUGUCGAUCCAUAUGUGGAAAAACUCAACCACUAUUUCCAAAGUGCUCAGAAGCUGUUGAAGAUUCGUGUUCAGAAACGAAGAAAUUUUGUAAUUGAACGGACUCAAACAGACAAUCCGUACGUGAAAAACUCGUAA